AUGGGGACAUUAAUGCUUCUUCCCUUCAUGAUCCUGGCUGUGUUCUCAGUGUCUUCUAUGCAGAUUUCAAAGCCAAGUGUUUUCAAGCUAGAGGAGAAUCAAGAACCUGCACUUACUCUUGAGACAAAAAGUGAAGCUAACCCUGGAAGAGGACAGAAAGAAUCUAAUCGACCAGGAGGUCAUCCCACACAAGACAAGCCAGGAAUGCUAAUUCUUCAAAGACAACCAGGAUAUUCCAAUCAGCCAGGAAAACCAGUGAAUUUGAAUCAGCAAGAGAGACCAGAAGUUUUGAACAAACCUGAGAUGUCCAGUGCUUGGAUUUUGCAAGGAAAGCUAAGAGAAUCCAACCAAAAAGAGACUUCACAUUCUUCUAACAAGCAAGAAGAAUCAGGAUCAUCUAGUCAACAAGGCAAGUCAGGGUAUCCUAGCCAAAAAGGAAAGCCAGCAUCACCCAGCCAACAAGGGAAGCCAGAGUCACCCAGCCAACAAGGGAAGCCAGCGUCACCCAGCCAACAAGGGAAGCCAGCGUCACCCAGCCAACAAGGGGAGCCAGCGUCACCCAGCCAACAAGGGGAGCCAGCGUCACCUAGCCAACAAGGGAAGCUGGGGUCUUCUGAAAAACAAGGGAGUUUAGGAUCUUCUAGCCAGCAAGGGAAGCCAGGGUCUUCCAGUCAGCAUGGGAAAUUAGAAUCUUCCAGCCAACAAAGAAAACCAAGGUCAUUUUAUAAACAAGGAGAACAAAAAAAUGUAGACAACCUUUCAAAGGGCAAUGCAAUUCAGGCUGGGAGCACCAGCAGCAAGAUCCCAGCUAAGAAAACCAAAUGUGAAUCUGUCUACAAACCAGUCUGUGGCUCUGAUGGGAAAACUUAUGGGAACAUCUGUAUAUUUAAAGAAGCAAAGAGGUUGAGUAAUGGGAAGCUCACUCUCAGUCAUGAGGGGAAUUGCUAG